GGACAUUUUGGUAUUUUCUCCUAAAUAAUAAUUUAUCCAAAUUGUGAGACAGAAACGUUCCAAGCUGAAAGAUGAGACGCGCUUUUAUCAAGGAUUAAAUUCCCGAAUAUCAUGAAUCAAUGAAUUGCAGGUCAUAAAAUCGGAAUCCGCAUGCAAUUCAUUCGCACAAAAAUUGACACUGAUUGUGAUCGACGAGCGAGCGAGCGAGCGUUGUUGAUGCAAGUAUGGCGCUGCUUUUGGUGUUAGCAUUCGUAAUUGGGGCCCUAACUGUUGUUGCUUUGGAGGUCGCCGGACUGUGGAUUUUGAUUCGCCGUUUAAAUCUAAAAGUCAAAAGGGAAGAGACUAAAUCCAAUACUACGCCCUCCGUUUCUUUUCCUGUUGACCACAACCCCUCCUUGUCGGAUAAGCAGGGGGCUCUAUGGGUUCUUCAACCAGAUAAAGUUCCAAAAUCUGGGCUUCAGGACAAAAAGACAACAGAACAAAAGAAGAGAAAAGAUUUCGUGGAGGUUACACCUAUCCGGAAAUAUGCUAGAAUUCGAGAUCAACAUCUUAUCCUAAUGGAGUCAGAUGAUUCGUCUGUGGAAAUUUCACUUAAGGGCUGCACAGUUGUUGCUGUUUCUGCCACAAGCUUGUCAUCGAGAAAAUGGGCCAAGAAGUAUCCCAUCAAAGUUGAGAGCAAAAAAUUAGCCAUAUAUAAAGGAUCUAACAUUAUUUAUAUAUAUCUUGAGACAUCUUGGGAGAAGGAAUCCUGGUGUAAAGCCCUUCGUCUUGCUUCAUACGAUGAUGAGGAAAAAAUUACCUGGUUCUCCAAACUAAGUCUGGAGUUUCACUAUUACCUGGCAUCACUAAAUGCAGGAUAUCCUUCAUUCAUGAAGCCUUCUGCAGGUCAAAGUUCUGUAUCAAAUGAUAAGUCAGUUAAGCUUGAUAAUCCAUCGUCAAAGGUUCGUCAAUUCCUAAAGAAGCUUACUAAAAAGGCUUCUAAGAGUGGACUAGACUAUAAAGCAAGCGGGAUUUCAGUUUCAGGCCGUGAAGAAAGAAAAAUAAGUGAAAAAUCCCAUUCAUUUCAAGACUUAAUGGACACGAAAGGGAAAUUUCCUAACACUUUUGACGACACUAGCAUGGGGCCAUCCAUUUCCACUUCUUCUGAGCCUGGCUUAUCUGAAUCAGACUCCAACCACAAUAAUUUGGACGAAGGAACCCUGUGCUUGAAUUUAUUAAUAUCGCGGCUAUUCUUUGAUGUCAAGAAUAAUCCUCAGAUAAUGAGUUCCUUACAUAGUCGGAUUCAGAGAGCAUUAUCCAAUAUACGAAUCCCGAAUUACAUUGGUGAAGUCACAUGUACAGCUGUGGAUCCUGGUACUAUUCCUCCACGCAUCCUUGCAGCAAGGGUCCUUCCCUCGGAUAUGAAUGAGGUAUGGUCCUUGGAAAUUGACGUGGAAUAUUUAGGUGGCAUGCUCCUGAACUUUGAAACAAGGCUUGAAAUUCGAGAAUUAGAAUUUGAAGGAGAGGAAACACGUUUCCAAGUGAACACUGAUAAUGAGGUCACCUCUGAUUUGCUGGAAAGUUUUGAGUAUCUUGGCAAACAAUUGAAUCUUUCUGAAGAUAUAACCAGUGACACAAAACAAAAAGAUGCAGGAUAUAACGACACAGAUGAGACUGAAAUUUUGAAAAGCACGGCAAAUGCAUCGUCUCAAGGGUCGAGAUGGAAGUCUAUAUUACAUUCUAUCAAGAAACAGGUGUCACAGGUUGGUCUCUCAUUGGGGAUAAGGAUUUCUUCUCUUUCUGGAACAAUUAGGUUGUGCAUGAAGCCACCACCUUCAGAUCAAAUAUGGUUUGGCUUUACCUCUAUGCCUGAUAUUCAGUUUGAUUUGGAAUCUUUUGUUGGGGACCACAAAAUUACAAAUGGGCAUCUUGCUUUGUUCCUGAUCAGUCGAAUCAAGGCGGGAAUUCGUGACACUUUGGUGCUCCCGAACAGUGAGAGUGUCGGCAUACCUUGGAUGUUGGCGGAGAAAGAUGACUGGGUACCUAGAAAAGCUGCUCCAUUCAUGUGGUAUAAAAUUGAUCAAGAUUCUGUUAGUGCUAGUACAAAACGACAAGAUUCUGUUAGUACUAGUACAAAACGAGAAGCCCCUUCAUUCCAACCAGUGGAAGUAACACAUGCUAUUGAAGAAAAUCUUAGAAAUCCCACCAAGUCAGAAGUCAACCGUGGUGGUUGUAUACCAGAAGUAGCAUGUGAAUCCUUGGACCGCUCUGCAUCUUCAUCAAGUUCCAUAGUUGAUUCAACAUCGAAGAGCAGCUCUUUCCAAGAACUUGGAGCCCCUUUAUUGGACAAGGAUAAAAUGCAAGAAUUUGGCUCAAGAAGCUCAGAGGAUAAUAAUAAUAAACAGGAUAUUUGGUGGCAUUCUCCAUCAAGGGUCUUUACAGAGGGACAAAAUUAUAAUGGAGAAGAUGAUGAGACGAGAUCAAGAAGAAUAGGUACAAGAGAACGUAUGCGUGGUUUGGGAAAGAAAGUGGGAGAAAAGCUUGAUGUGAAGAGGCGAACCAUUGAAGAAAAGGGAAGAAGUUUUGUCGAGAGGAUGAGGGGACCAUGAUAAUAAUGAUGUAUGUAUUUGCAGUAAAUAACAUUCCAAUUACCUUACUUGAUGGUAGAGUGUCUACAACUCUCUGGUUAAUUUGUUUUAAGGAAUAUUCCUGGUAUUUGUUUUAGGAUAGGGGAUUCAUUUUGGGUCAAGAGAAGAUCCAGAUGUACAAAAUUUAUAUUACAAAAAAAAUGGCACUAUAAAAAGACUUGGGUGUUUACAAGCAUUAUGAUAGAGAGUGUAUUUUCUCAGAUUUAGA